GUCAGAACGCUGAGAGGCAGUGAACAGCAGACGUCUAACGUUAGCUCGGCUACUCAUUAGGACAGGGAGACAUUGAACUGUGAAGACGUUUUGCUGUGAACAUUUCUGAAAGCAAAUGUUAACUUUCGGAUAGUACCGUUUGCUAGGCUGUCUAGCGUUUCGGGGGCUAGCUUUCAGUUUACUCACUGGUGUUCUGCGGUGGAAAUAGCAAAAAUGUCGUCUCCAAGUCCGGGUAAAAGGCGAAUGGAUACCGAUGUGGUGAAACUCAUCGAGAGCAAGCAUGAAGUCACCAUCCUCAGUGGACUCAAUGAAUUUGUAGUGAAGUUUUUCGGACCACAGGGAACGCCGUACGAGGGAGGUGUGUGGAAGGUGCGAGUAGAUCUUCCUGACAAAUACCCUUUCAAAUCGCCAUCAAUAGGAUUCAUGAACAAGAUUUUUCAUCCCAACAUUGACGAAGCGUCAGGGACGGUGUGCUUAGAUGUCAUCAACCAGACAUGGACAGCCCUUUAUGAUCUGACCAACAUCUUUGAGUCGUUCCUGCCCCAGCUGCUCGCUUACCCAAACCCCAUCGACCCCCUGAAUGGAGAUGCAGCUGCCAUGUACCUUCACCGGCCAGAGGAGUACAAGCAGAAAAUCAAAGAGUACAUCCAGAAAUAUGCAACAGAGGAGGCUCUGAAGGAGCAAGAAGAGGGGGCAGGCGACUCUUCAUCUGAAAGCUCCAUGUCUGAUUUCUCAGAAGACGAGGCCCAGGACAUGGAGUUGUAGUGAUAGGAGGGCUCCCCCAUCCCGCGCCCUCCUUUAACCCCCACAGAGACUAUAUUUGAUUUCCUAACCAUGAGAAAGCAGACUUAUAAUAUUCAUAUUUAAACAAGUUGAUUUUUUUAUUAUUAUUAUUACUACUAAACAAGGAUUUUUAUGGAUAUCUAGCCUUUGGUGUGUUUGACAGACACCCUCCCAUUCUGUAGCUGUUUCUCCCUACGCAGAUUUCGCAAAUGCUUUCACAUUCUCUCCCUGUCAUCUCCACAUUUUUAAGAUGUGUUAUGUAGUCGUAGGCAGGAAAUCUCCCCGUGAACAUCUCAUUUCUGUACUCAGAUUUCACUUUUUAAAAUAGAACUUUCCAGUUUGACCUGAAUCCUAGUUUCCUCUCUUUUUCCACAAUGCUAAUUGAUUCUGACCAACAUUUCAUUAGUUGCUCCACUACAGAGCUGCUUAGGUCUCGCCUGCCUGGGUGUGCAGCGCUACAAUAUUAACCUGUAGUUAAGACAGUAUUUUUUAAAGCGCACAAUCGCACACACGAGGUGUCUUGGUACACCUUCCACAAACAUACAAAAUGUGUAGUGCCAAUACUAUAGACUCUCAUAAAUCAACCCUAAAGGCUGCCUAAGCAUAUCCUUUUCAACAUAUUGUUUGAGACAUGUCAGUAAAAUAAGAUGCCUUUCUUUUAUGGUUCAGUUCGGAUGCUACCUUGGCUGUUACUUCACUUUUUGUUACACUUUGUUGAUCUGCUGCAGCUGCCUGUCUACAUGUGCCGCUGUGCAGUGCAAAAUAAAUGCUUAACAAGGUCAGGUCUUGGAAAGCAAAUUAAUUAAUAACAUGUCUCAUUACAUUGCGAGUGACAGUGUGGUGACAAAGGCAUGUGGCGGGUGCUUUUAGCGUUGAUUGAUGGAACGCACACUAGCUGCAUAAACUGUACGGAAGAUUGGUGCACAAAGGCAAUAAAAAUUGCAGCGGCUCUUCUCUGAGGCGUUUGUGAAGAUUGUGGUCAGACUCACUUGGUAUUAUGGGAACUGAAGGUAGACCAGAGCUACCCUUUAACCAUCUGACCAUAUGAAUUUCAUAUUUCAUGCAGCUCGUACUAGUUUUCUGUUAAGAGGCACCUCAAACACACGAGCACCAAACAUUCUCUUUGCGCAGGAUACCGCUGUCUCUCAGUCAUCUGUACUCCUGCUUUUAAAACAAAUUUCUAUAAGUAUUAUUGGUAAAGAACAACUUUUCAGACAGAGAAAGAAUGUAAUUAGCACCUAUUCUGGUGAAUUUAGAAAACCAGCACCAAAGUCAGUUUUUAUUUAAGUGAAAGCAACAAAAAUGGUCAUAUGGUUACUGAGCGGAUCUGAGAAAAAAUGAAGAGUGAUUUAUUGAAGAUUCAGGUUCGUGUAGUAUCACUCCUCCUCACAUUCCACUGUUACCUGGAGUUUGCUCCAAUGCAUGCCCUUUACAUUGGUCUGACCUGUGGUAUGUACCCUGACUGCACCGAAUGGAAUCCCACACUUUAUGUCAGCCUUCCUGGAUCUCUGUUUGGAUCGCUAGUUUGAAGAAGAUUAUAAAAUAAGAGCCAAAUAAAUGAUGUUUAGGCUUGUGACAGUUUUCAUUUGAGGGGAAUUAAUUUAACGUUAAAUUUCAUAUGUACAGAUCUGACUUCUUAUCUAAAAAAAAAAAAAAAAAAAAAACUGAAAAAAACAUGUCAUACAUUCAUGGUUGAUUUGUUGUGGCGGGUCGAGAUGUAAUCCAUGAUGCGUGGAAAGAGAUUGCAAUCGCAGCUUUGAGUUUCGACUGUUUUUUUUUUCCUACUCUUAUUUUUUCUUGUACUCCUCACACUUUUCGCCCGAUAAGGGGGGGGGGGGGGCCCAACAUGUUUGGAUUUUUUUUUUUUUUUUUUUUAUGUACAGCAUCUACCUUGUACAGUGAUAAGACACCUCUCUGUAGCCUCAUGAAAACUCAGUGUUGAGCCCGAAACACUGACCGAGUGUUGCUUGUCGCGGCUGACAUGGCAGUCAAACUACCUAGAAAACCUUGAAAUGUAUUCACUUGGUAAAUUGCAGUAAGAAUCACUGGCUGCUUUUUGGUAGAUUGUGGAUCCCAAGUGGGAGAUUCAAGGCCGAGUCAUACUCCGGAGGUCACCUUAUUACCUCGGAUCGCAACUCCCUCUUCUGUGCCUCUCCUGUGACCUAGUGAAGAAGUCCCCAAAACCAUGUUUCCAAAAAGCCAUCAAGGUCAAAAAUAACUAGUGAAGCACAUUGUUUUUACAGUUUUUUUUUCUCCUCCUCCUGCAAUCUGUCCUGUGCAAAUUGUGAUUUGACAUCGAAAUUUUCACUCUGUUGCAGAUUAGGGGAAUUACCCAGGGCUGAGUGGCAUUGGGUGUAUUUGAGCUAAUGUAGGCUUGUUAGACUUUUAUGGCUCAGGUUUGAAAUACAUUUUGGUUGUAUCUUGCAUAGUGAUUAACAUUUUUCACCCAUAAGGUAUUGAAAGGAUGGAAAUCAUGCUAAUAUUUGUUGAACUGUGUUUUUGACAUGUCAGGAUAGUUAGUUUUACUGGGUGGUGACUUCAACUAAACAACAUAUGCUAUAUGGUUGUAUUACAGAUAGAGUUAGCUAGUUUGGUAUGCUUACCUGAUAAAGCAUUCAUUGCUCAUCUGACCUUUAGUUAGUGUCUGUUGUGUGGUUAUAUGUAAGAUACUCCAUAGACGUGCCUGCUUGUCCUCUUCUCGCAGAUUCAGAAUUGUACAGAUGAGUGUGAGUGAUUUCAAACUUGGGUGACAUUUAACCUGUAGUGAGCCUGAUAGAUCUAACUGUACAGAAAUCAAAAAUGUGGUCCAGCCCCUUUCGAGAUAUUGGAUUUUCUCCAAAAAACAUGAUUUAAAACCACAGCUCUGCUCCCAAAGUGAUCACCACAUUUGAAUGCAGAUUUAGAACAGAGAUACUUCCUCAGUUUCUUUUUAAUUUCCAGUAUUUAUCAGAAGAGUUUGACUGGUUAAAGUUAUAGGGUAAUAAUUUCUUUCAUCCAUCCGGGGGAAGUUUUGGACGUUAGCUUCUGGCAGGAUGCAGCCAUUUCAACUGUUGCCGGGCUGACUUUUUUUUUUUUCUUUUCUUUUUUUUUUUUUUUGGUGACAUUUAAAAUGUUUCAAGGCAGUAUAAAGCUAUGUGAAUGUUUAACGUGCUGAGAGUGUUUGUGGUGAGGUUUAGGAUCCACAUCCAUUCAAACAGAACAAACCGUUUAAGGCUGUAUGCAGAUUCACAGUUUCACAAUUGGCUCGUACUUUCUGUCUAAGCUGCCUAUCAAUGUGUAUUUAUUCUUUCAAGAAACCUUUUUUUGUUUUUAAUCUUGAUCAUUAAGUGCCACUGUUGUAAGUUAUGGUUCAGUUUAAAUAUCACACUGAUGAGAACUUGAAAUUUGAGUUUUUUGUUUUAAGAAAUUCAGAUUGGAAUUCUUAUUUUACUUUACAUUUGUGCAGUAUUCUACUUGAGUGCUGAAAAUACAGUAUAUCUGAGUUGAGAAUUGUAAUAAAAUAGCACAUUAUUAUGCAGUGGUGCAACAGGGAACUAAUGAUAUUUUGUCUUUUUCAGAAACAAGAUUCUUGUGUUGGAGUAAAAUCAUAGGUUUGGUUUUCAGCAUUAUUUGCAUCUGCUGGGCAAUAAAUUGAUGAUAUACUCAGCUGUGGCCUGGUGUUGCUCUCGUAAACAUGACAACCAUCUGAUCUCUUCAGUGGCCUCCCUGGUUCUUGUUUUAAUCCCUACACUUUUACUCAGUUUCAAGAAAUAAUUACUGUCUUUGUGUUUCAGGUUGUCUUUAACUCAAGAACUAAAGAAAAUGUUCUCAAACCCGUGAAUGAGUAUGCUUCCCACUGCAACCUGAAUUCUAAAUUGAUUUUGAAAACGCAUGGAAAAACAUGUUUAUUGUACUUUUAUUUAACUUCCUUUUGACUUUCUCCGCUCCACCUCUUCUGCUCUAAGACCACAGGCUUACUGAUAACAAUGUCUUAACUACCCACAGUUUUAAACAGUGACUGCAGAUAACUAGAUUUCACAUGGUGAAAUUGAUGGGGCCUCAAAAUUCUAACUGCAGACCUGCAGAGAAAGUCCAGUAUAGAGCCAUAGUUCUACAACCUUACUUACACACUCCCCCACACCCCGCCAGAUACAAGAAGGAUGAAGGGCCUGAGUUUACUGAAUGGACUGGUCUAUCAUUAAUCCAUAGACAGGACAUCCAGGGCCCAUUCUCCAUUUUAUCAGCACAGCUGCAGAGAGCCAGCAGCCUGAUCCUGUAAUAUCACCUCCCCUGUGUGUUGACUGUCUCCUCGUGCACUUGCAUGCUUCUGGUGUGGAGGCGAGGCUCGCUUUGGUGCACACCUCCCAUUCUGUCUUGUGCUUGUGUGGAUUUGUGCCCUGUGCUGGCCUACUGCUGCCAUCAGGGGAUUUAGCAGGCACAUACAGCAUGGAAAAUGGCAGAUUUUUUAUAAAAACUCUGUAUUUGGUACCUAGUGUGUGAUACUUGAGGGUUAAAAGUAAAAAGGUUUAUUUUUUGUUUUAAAAAGUCCAUCCUUGGUCUUAUUUUUAUCACCCUCUUUGCCCUCCUUCUCUUGUUUUUUUCUUUGCAUUGUGAAGUGGGCAUGCUUGUCAAAAAGACAAAUGCUCUCUAUUAAUAGGCUUAUAACCUCAUAAAUAGUUGUGUAUAAAAUAAACUGUUAUAACUUCUUUUUUAAUAAAACAUUCAAUGUGUAUAAAUGGUC